UUAACUUGCUAAUCCUAUGUGACAAAAAAAUUCAAAAAGUUAAUAAGACCAUCAACAACAUCUUUUGUUGGGUGUCAUUGGAGGCAAUGGAGCAUAUGUUUAUUUAUUGUCAAGUGGUGGUUGCUCUAUGGGAUCGCUCGGGUCUUGGCACGAAAAGUUUAGUGUACGCCCCUCUUAACUUUGCUUUGUUUUUUAGGAGAUUUGUCGAGCAGGAUGCAGGGAUAGACCGGAUUGUUCGGUUUAUUGCUUUGUUAUUGAGGAUCUGGAAGAGUCGAAAUUGGGUUGUAUCUAAUCAUAUGCAGUAUGACCCAAUGCGCCAGUGCGGCAGUAUGAGGAGCAGGUUCGGGAAUGACUGGUGUUGCCUCUUCCAAGUCAAGGGCGGCCGGUGCGGGUUGAUGGUGGUGUACGGUGGACGCAGAUGCAGAUGCAGCCACCGCUGCCAUUUUGUUGCUAUGUGGAUGCCGCAGUAUCGGCUGGUUCCCAUGGUGCCGGGGGGAGUUGGUGGUGCGGGAUGCCAUGAGAAGUACGGUAUAUUUCAAAGGGUCUCACUGAGGUAAUGUUCUAUGGGGAUCCGCAGGGGGUUAUCGGCAAAAUUCGGGAUUUGGAUGUGUUUGAUGCUAGAGGAGGAAGGAUUCUGGUGGAGAUUGCGAAUCUUCAACGACAGUAUCAGAGUUUUGGGAUCUCCUUUGUUGACAGGAGUAACAACCGGGUGGCCCCUGAUGUGGCUAAGAAGAUCCUAUCCUUGUUACUUAUGAAUGUAUUUAUUAUUUUAUUUUAGAUACAGGUUUUUAUUUGAGUUGUAAACUUUGAUAUUAUUUUCCCUUGGUAAUACAGAUGAUCUAUUGGUAAAAAAAAAUCAACAACAUUUUUACACACAAGAGACUGUCAUCUAUCAUACUGCCACAUGACUGAACUAUAAUGAUACGGUUUAGUAAUUUCAUGGUAUAGAAACAUACCACAUGAAUAAGUCAUUAUAAUCCUGUCUAUUUCACUUAGCAACUCAACAUUUUCACUUUGUAACAAUAUCUCCAGCUAAUGUUUUAAGCACGUAAACGUAGUUAUUUUUAGGAAACCAUGAUAUAAGUGUAUUACCGCCAGAUAUAUAGAUCACUGUUAUAAGGCAAAUCCUUGAAUUCACUUUAUUAUUUUUAUUAAUCUAAUAAUUUUUUAGAUAUUGUUGGAUUUUUGUUUGAACUGAGGGACAUUGCUAAAGGAGUGAAAGGUCAAAGUGAUAAGCAAAAUAAUGGAGUUCGCAACAAGACAAACCAUGUCACCAAUCAAAUAGAAAAAUGCAUCCUCUUUUUAAUUGUUGGGUCUAUGCUUAAUGUUUUAAUGAUAUAAUAAUAUUAAGUCUUUUAA